UUCGACAGUCUCAAACUCGCUCUCGGCCUAGCCAUAACACAAAAUUUCGGAAUUUUUGGGAAAAAGUCAAUCAAAUUUCUUUAUUUCGGCUGUAUAAAACAAAAUUACAAUAGAGUUCCAGAAUGUUCCGGCUUUUGAGGCACAGGACGCAUCAGAUAGCCAAGGGUGGCUUAAUGCGCGUGCAGCGUGCUACGCCGCUGAGUCUGCCAGUGCGGAGCUUCGGGGAUGACGACUGCAAGCCGGACAUCUGUGUACCGGUACCGGUGGAAACUCGGUGCGGACCCCCAUCCCUGCGGAAGCCCUGUGGAGUCACGCCGAAGAAACCGGAGGAGCCGAAGGAUCUGCCCAAGCCGAAGGCCGUCUUCAAGUCGAUGUGGGACGUAGAGGGUUGCCCGCCGAUUGUCUGCGAGCUUCCCGUUCGGUACGACGUCAAAUACUAUCGGAUAUCGGACAAGGAGAAACGCAAGUACCAGGUCACCUGGAACGAGUGCCCCCGCAUGGUGGUCAAGCCCAAGAAGGUGUGUCUCUACUCGACGAUGGUCCGCCCCAAGCCCUGUCGUCGCAAGCGCAAGGUGAAUCUCAGGGAUGGUGCCCCGAAGAUGCAGAACCCAAUGGAGUGCAUGAAGAAGGCGACAAAAGACGAGUGUCCCCGCGUAACGAUGCCCUGCUGCAAGCCAGCCCGCAUUCCGCCCACCUGCAAGUCCGCAUUUCAGGGGCUAUCAGACUGCAAGAAGCGCCGUACUCCGUACCCCAGCUUCUCCGAGUGCAAGAAGGAUGAGCUGCCUGAGGCACCGCCUACCGAGUGCAAGUGCUUGGACAAUCCCUCCUUGUGCGAAACCUGGGCCGCUCUGAGGCAUCGCCUGGCCCUUGGUCGUGGCCCUGUUAAGAAGUGCGGAGAGCCCUAAACUAACCAGCCAUUGAGCGGGCCUUGAGACUGAGAUUGAGACUAAGAAAUUUUUUUUUUACUUUUGCCUGAAUAAACACCAACUCGGCCUCA